AUGAUCACCGUACUACUUCUUCCUUUUUGUCUUUCUGUUUACUGCGAUACUUUCAUAUUUGCUAGGACACAAAGCAGUGCUAUAAACUAUUCCGUUAACAAUGGAACAAAUUUCCGCAGGAAACGUUCAUUCUGCGAAGAAUACGAGUGGGACGGCGUUACUAUUCCACGUACGUUGGCUUGUAGUGAAACACAAAUACCAUGUCCAGAUCAUGAAAAUACUAUUGGUGUAGCAACCCAAAAAUGUGGUUGUGAAUCAAACGAAUGGGAAGGAAAACCGAAUACGAUAAAUUGUACCCAUAAGUGGAUCGAAUUGUUGGAACAAUUGAUAGAUAGUGAUGAGCCUGCGGAAAAUAUCAGUCGAAAAUGGGCUCAAUUUUUGCAAAAUUCAACUAAAUUAUUUGGUGGUGACUUAGUGGGCAGUGUCGAAAUUGGCAAGAAAUUAUUGACACUGGCGCAUAUGCAAUAUAUAUUAAUGGAUGAAGAGGAACAAAACGAAAGAGCUAUCGAAUUCACAGAAAUGUAUGGUAAAGCAGGGAAUGAAUUAUUGAGUGAUCGUGCGGUAACAAUUUGGAUGACUUUAUUGGAUGAUAUUCGAAUACAUAAGAUAUCUUCAUUGAUAUCAGAACUGGAGCAGAGUGUUACAUUAAUGGCUGAUUUUACCACUAAAAAACAAAGGAAAAUUGAAUAUAGCAAUUGGGCUUUUGAAGUACAAGUGAAAGGUCCAAUUCCAGUAACAAUUCAAUCUAAUCAUGUGGAUAGCAAUAAAAUAUCACGAUUAGUUCGCCGAUCUCAUAUAUUUAAUACUCCAUCCUUUACUAACCCAAGUACUUCUUCAAUUUCUGAUAAUGCUACAUUGAAUGAACCAACUGGAAAUGUUACUUUCAACUUCUCACUAUCACCAUUACUUUUAAUGCCGCCAUUAAAAAUACUCCAGCAAUCAGUGCAGGCCAAAUUUGCUCAAUCUACAUCCGGUUUUCUUUCAAUACCUACUUUUCAACGAUCACGACUUACUCAAUGGGAUGAAAAUUCGCUUCUUUUAACAUAUUAUGUGUUUAGAUCAGUGGGAGCAUUGUUAAAUACUAAUAAAACUACUAUUGCAAAUAGUCUCGUAAUUGGUGCUAGUGUAAACGAUCCGAUAACUUCCAUUCCGUUACCUGAAAACUAUCCAAUUACUUUCAAAUUUUAUCAUAUUAGAACUAAAGGAGUGAGUAAUCCACGAUGCGUUUUUUGGGAUACUUCCAAGAAAAUUUGGAGUAAAGAAGGAUGCAAAACAUUACGCACAUUAAAUGAUUCAACUGAAUGUGCUUGUACACAUUUGACCAGUUUUGCCAUUUUGAUGGAUAUAGCUGGAUUGUAUGAUCAUGAUGAUAAAUUAAUCGUUAAUAAAAUUUUAAAUUUAACUACCACUAUUGGUUGUAUAUUUUCAAUUUUAUGUCUAUUCUUUGCUUCGAUCAUUUUCAUAUGCUUAAAAUCUUUAUGGAAUGUCCGUCAUAUGAUUCAUACUAAUUUAUGUUUUUGUUUAAUAUUGGCCGAGUUAAUUUUUGUAAUUGGAAUAGAUAGAACUGAAAAUAAAAUAAUAUGUUGUGCAAUUGCUGCAGCACUUCAUUAUUUCUUUCUUACGGCAUUUUGUUGGAUGUUAUUGGAAGGAUAUCAACUCUAUUUGAUGCUUGUACAGGUCUUCGAAGACGAGGAAAGCAAAACUAUUUUCUAUUGCCUUUUUGCUUAUGGCUUUCCAGCUAUUAUUGUUGUUGUUACCGCCGGAGUGGCCUGGUCAAAUUAUAGUACUGACCAAUAUUGCUGGUUGAAUGUUGAAACACCAACAAUAUGGGCUUUUGCAGGGCCUAUUGCAAUUGUCAUCGUGUCCAAUAUAGUAUUUCUUGGUAUUGCGCUACGAAUGGUACUUUCGGUGCCCAAUCGUCGUCGAAACCGUAUGGAACAGAUGUUAGGCUGGUUGAAAGGUUCCACAGCACUUCUAUGUUUAUUAGGUGUCACUUGGAUAUUUGGUUAUCUAAUGGUGAUCAAGGGAGCCGGAACUGUUUUCGCAUAUAUUUUCACGAUACUUAAUUGCUUGCAGGGGGUAUUUAUCUUUGUCAUUCAUGUUAUUUUGAAUGAUAAAAUACGUCUGACAUUAUUGCGUCGUAUACGAAUGAAUAUUUGUCGCAUGUCAGAUACCGCAAAUACGACAAGUAUAGCUAGCAAUCGUCAAAAAUUCACUGAUAUAGUGAAGAAUAGUGAUUUAUCUCGUGUUUCUUCACAACUGCCAAUCGGAAGCUCUGAUUUGAGAAGUUUAAAAACGAAAAAGAACGAAGGACUGUUUAUGGAGAAAAUAUCAUUACGAAUAGAUGGAAAAGGAAGUCCAACAACGAUGAUAACUUAUUUAGACUGGAAAAGAAAAGUAAGCAAUGAUUCUGCUAGUAUUCCAUCCGAUGAUUCUGGAAAUUGUGAUUACGAGAAAAAAGAGACUUUUCCAAUUCGUGGCGAUACUGUAGUGAUUAUUGAUCAAUCUUGGAAAAAGUCUGAUAUUGAUAGCAAAGAAAAAUCUUUUCCCAUACGUCGAAAAAUUAUUUGCGCUGAUAGUGAGGGAUUUAAACAGAAACAGAAAGAAUCUUCUGAACAAUGA